AUGCAAUUUAUCUUUUCAAAAAUACAAUUACAUUCUGGACACGUGAAGUGGAAUGAGUCAUUGUACUCUGUGUCGGUGACACGUUACCCACUCUAUAAACAGCCAACUGAAAGCAAAGACAAACAUUUCACGUGUGAGAAAGAGUGUCCAGCAAAGAAGGCGUAUGAAGACUUUCUGAGAAUUGUGCCAAAAGUGCAAGUUGGCGAAGAAGCGCCAGAGAUCAAAGCGCAGUGCCUUUGUCCGUGUGGUGCAAUCAAGGACUUUGACAUGUCUGAGUACAAGGGCAAGUUCAUUGUGUUGUUGUUCUACCCACUCGACUGGACUUUUGUCUGCCCAACAGAGAUGAUGGGAUACUCCAAACUUGCAGAGGAGAUGAAUGAUGUCCAGUUUGUUGGCAUCUCAGUCGACUCCGUCUUCUGCCACAAGGCGUGGACCGAGGCACCAAAGGAGCACGGCGGUGUUGGAAAGCUUUCGUUCCCACUUGUUUCUGAUAUCAAGAAGUGCAUCAGCAUGAGAUACAACAUGUACAAUGUGGCUGACGGCAUUGCACGACGUGGGUAUGUCAUUGUCGACACAAAGGGGAUUGUCAGAUACAUGCAAGUCAACGACAACGGAAUUGGAAGAAACACAGACGAGACAAAGAGAAUCAUCGAAGCAAUCAAGUUCUCGGACGAACAUGGCGAUGUCUGCCCACUCAACUGGAAACCAGGAAAAGACACAAUGAAACCAACACCAGAAGGCGUUGCUGCUUAUCUCACAAAACACUAA